AUGGGAUGCUGCAGUUCAUUUAUAGAAAAAUUGGAAGACCGUGAAAACAAUAACCAGGAACAGACACGCCAAGAAUGUUAUGACUGUAGACGCAGGGAUCAGGAUAAAACAUGCGAAGAUUCAUUGAAAAUUAAAGUCUUUGGAAAUGAGGAAACGGAUCGAAAUGACAUUACAACGGAAAUCAAAGACAGCAAGAACAAAGAUUUUCAGGAACUGAAGCAUGAAGAUUUCUGGAAAUCAGAGAUAUGCCAUUGCCCUGAUAAAAAUACGAUGUACGAAGGUAGAAGAAAAAAGAAAUUGCCACCAUGGAAACAUUGGUUUAGAGGCAAUGAGGUGUAUGGACACCAUAUCUGUGCUUCUAAAGUAGAGCUAGCUUAUGCAAAAGGGUAUCCCUCCCGUAACUGUAAGCCGAUUUACGGAUAUGAUCCAUUAAAAUCCGUGAAUCAAGUUGUCACGGAUCCCCCAGAAGUUGAUUUAGAUCUCGUUAACGUGGUUCCCCCGGCACCCCCCCCCUCCAGUGGUGCCUGUAUGAAAUUUUAAGACGUGCAGAUGGAAUGAUGCAUAUGUACCUCAACAAAUGUACUAAA